UCCACACUCAAUCCUAUCAACACUCAAUCCAAACACGCCUUAAAAGCCCAGAGCUACGGGAAGAGAGCAGUCGACAGCCUCUUGAGGCUUCUAGUAUUGAUCCGAUCUCGACGAACGAACCAGCUUAGAGCGAAGCCGCGAAGGAAGCCAUCAGAUAACGAACGAACAAGCAAAGACCGGACCGAGUCACAACUCUCAACUACGGAUGUGGAAAGCUUUGGACGACGAAGAAGGACGAAGCUCACACAGUCCAACGAAGCACGGCAAGCACGUAUCUCAGUUAUUUGAUAGCGAAUACCCUCCUAAGUCCUAAACAAAGUAGAAACUCAGAUGUCUGAUGAUGUUGAGAAUCCUAAAGAUGAAAAUACCAAGUCACUUCAUACUCCUCCACAUGAUGUCCAGUCAACCUGGUAUGAUAGCUUACUUCAUCAAGCAUCUGUUUAUGGCAUAGCAGUAGGCUAUUGUAUGUCAGCAUCUCUGUUGUCCAUCAUAAACAAAUGGGCUAUAAUGAAAUUCCCUUACCCGGGUGCCCUAACUGCCCUUCAGUACUUCACAAGUGCUUUUGGAGUCCUUGUUUGUGGGUGGCUAAACUUAAUCCAACGCGACAGUCUUGACCUCCUCACAUUAUGGAGAUUCUUACCCGCGGCAAUAAUUUUUUACCUAUCCCUUUUCACAAACAGUGAACUUCUCCUCCAUGCCAAUGUUGACACUUUUAUUGUCUUUAGAUCGGCUGUGCCAAUCUUUGUGGCAAUAGGGGAGACUUUAUACCUCCACCAGCCUUGGCCGACGAUACGAACGUUUUUGUCCCUAGGCACCAUCUUUGUUGGUAGUGUGGUUUAUGUCAUCACUGAUUACCAGAUCACUCUAACCGCAUAUGGUUGGGCAUUGGCUUACUUGCUGAGCAUGUCAGUUGACUUUGUCUACAUCAAGCACGUUGUCAUGACUAUUGGGUUGAACACGUGGGGCCUAGUGCUGUAUAACAACCUUGAGGCGCUUCUUCUUUUCCCCAUUGAGCUCCUCAUAAUGGGAGAACUGAAGAAGAUUAAACAUGAGAUUACAGAUGAAUCAGAUUGGUACGGAUUUCAAGUGUUGUUUCCUGUGGGUCUCUCGUGCCUGUUUGGUUUGUCCAUUUCUUUCUUCGGAUUUUCUUGUCGUAAGGCGAUCUCCGCCACUGGGUUCACUGUGCUUGGCAUAGUUAACAAGCUGUUGACUGUUGUUAUAAAUCUUGUCAUAUGGGACAAACACUCUUCUUUUGUUGGUACUGUGGGGCUGUUAAUAUGCAUGUGUGGUGGCAUCAUGUACCAACGGUCAACGACAAGCAAUAAACAGAAGGGUGCGGGAGAUACGAGCCCACAGAUGGUAGAGGAGGAACAAGAAAAGCUGCUUGAAAUGAAGGGCAGCUCGGAUAACAUCAAUAAUGUAAAAGAAGUUGCAGAAUCUGAAGGGGAGCAGUGAUGUAAAACUUGAAUAAAACUUAUAAGCUUUAGGGUCUGUGUGGACGGGAAGGGUUCGGAAUAGAAGCUUUGUUAGAGUCGGCUCUAUAUCUUAAUGAAGCAGAUGUUUCUGAAAACGAAUAAAAGGUGAUUGGAAUGUUUAUGAUCAUGUACUUUUACAAGCAAGUCCUUCAAAGUGUUUCCCUCUGGAUCCCUUCAUCCAGACUGUUAGAUGGCAGACAUUUUUUCAAAGCACUGAUCGGAGUGAUCGCAUAUAGCCAUAUACUAUGUUAAUCUUUCAAAAAAAUUACAAUGCAAUUUAUAUAAAAAGAGAGACUACGUGUCUACACCAUACAAAGUGCUCUCCAAAACCCUCCAUCCAAAGUCCAAACAGACCUGUAUAUGUCAGACGAUCUCCCGGGCAUUGGAAGGAAGGUUUAUGAACCCAAACAAUGGAGCAGAGGACGUUGUCAAUCUGUUAUAUGGUGACUCAACUACAUCCAAAGCUUAUUAGCAGUCUACUUCUUUGAAAGUCAUGUUAUAUAUAGCAUGGAAGAUUCUUUGUUAUAAAAUGUUUUGUUAAAAUGAUUAUUAGUCGAUUACAAUUCUAUCAGAUACAUGUGUACACGAUGUGUUUCCAUUAGAAAAUAGUUGUGCCAUAAAGCGAUUCCUAACAUAUACAUGUGGCAGAUUUGAAGGAUUCCUAGUUUCCAAUGAGACCACAGAGUCACGGUGAAGCAGGUUUGGAUCUUAUAAAGCACUAGUUAUAGUUAAAGUUCGUUAUGUUCUGUCUGUAUAAUGAGAAUGGAAAGGGAACUAAAAUAAUAUUAAAUUUGUUAUUGAAAUUCAGAUGCACACAGUUUUUUAUUUCUUAGUAGACGUAAACUAUGAUGCACCGAUACUUCACCAUGAUAUUGUAUUCACGUAUCUGAUUCUUACCCGAUACCGAUACUCUCCG